AUGUAUCGCAAUCGCAAAAGAUUAAAAUCGAAGCAGAGAAAAACGGAAAAAACUGCUCCAACCAGAACCUCACACGUUCUAGCAAGUGUGCUUGAAGCAGAACCAUCGCGGAUAAAAAGCGCACCUAGUGAAAUGAUGAAAACCAUAAUUGAAUUUCAACACCUGAUCAUCAGCGCGUGGAAAAUUGAAGAAGUGAAAAUGAUUCAUAGAUUCUUCCUGCUUAAGCUGGUCAUUGGACUUAGAACAUCUAACAUCAAUUAUUAUCAGAAUCGGAUAGAAAGAUAG